GACAGCUGGAGACUCGAUUUCCCAGAAAGCCGAGCAAGAGUGGGUGGGGACCACGGCCCGUAUCCCGCGGAACCAGCGGGACGCUACGGGAAAGGCGGCUGGCAAUUACAGCGUGCACCGACAGUAGAACGCCUGCAGCUCCACAUCAGUGCGCGAAAGGACACCCUUUAUUCGCCACCCGGCUUCGCGAGGCUUCUGCCCGCCUGCGUGACCAGCCAGCGCCCGGUUGUGAGCAGAGGCGCCUGGCACAUAGUGGAGGUGGGGAGGGUUCCAGAUCGGCAUGGAGAAGGCGGAGACUGCUUUGGAGGCUGAGGAACCCACCGAAGAUGACAUCCUGCCUUCUGACACCGUCUCCCUCAGCGACUCAGACUCGGACCUCAGUUUACCUAGUGGUGCGGAGGUGCAAGUGUUGUCCCCAGAGAGGGUUUCCGGGGAAGCCCAAGAGGACUCUGGCCCAGAUGAGCCUCCCUCGCCACCCACGGGGAUCCCCACUACCACAGUUCAGCCGUUCCACCUCCGCGGCAUGAGCUCCACCUUCUCCCAGCGCAGUCACAGCAUCUUUGAUUGUCUGGAGAGUGCAGCCCGGUGGACACCAUCCUCUGUACCCCAAACCAGUGUGACUGACAAUGGCAGCUUCAAGCGGCCUGUGGCUCCCCCAAGUCAGACUCCAACAGGGAAUCUGAGCAGAGUGCAUGGGAGCACGGGCCCAACCAGGGUACCUCCUGUCCCUGAUUAUGUGUCACAUCCUGAGCGUUGGACCAAAUACAGUCUGGAAGAUGUGGCUGAAGCCAGUGAGCAGAGCAAUCGUGCUGCUGCUCUGGCCUUCCUGGGCUCUCGCAGCCAGGCAUCCUCCACAGACUAUGUACCCUCCUUCAACCAGGACCCCUCUAGCUGUGGGGAGGGGAGAGUGAUCUUUACCAAACCGGUUCGAGGCAGUGAAGCUAGGGCUGAAAGGAAGAGGGUCCUAAAGAAGGGGGAUGUUUUAAGUGCUUUGGGUGAGGCCUCUGUGGAGCUGGCCCAUCUGGCAGGGCCUGAGGCUGAGGAGUGGAGUGGCCACCAGGGACUAUCAGAAGUAGUGGUACCUUCAGAAGCUGACCAUCCUGGGUCUUCAUCAGACCCUGCAGGGAUGGAGGUGGUUGGUUUUCAUGGCAGCAAGAAGCGUAGCAGAGAACACUUUCGGAACAGGGACAGUGACCCCGAGGGGCCAGGGUCUGAGAGGUCCUCAGUUUGAUUACAGUGCCCUUACUCCACCUCCUCACCGGCCCUGUCCAGGUGGGAAGCUGUGGGCUAUUUGUAGGAGAGGUGUGUGUGCAGCAACUCUGACUAGGACUGUGGGAAUUUUGGGACCUUGGCGGCCCUUGUGCCUCAGUUUCUUAGGGUGAACAAUAAAAGUUUGGGAUAUUUCUUUGUG